GUGCGGCGGGGCUGGUGCUACGGUGCUGCGCGCGCCAUGUCGGGGCGCUCGGUGCGGGCCGAGACCCGCAGCCGCGCCAAGGAUGACAUCAAGAAGGUGAUGGCAGCCAUCGAGCGCGUCCGCAGAUGGGAGAAGAAGUGGGUGACGGUGGGCGACACGUCCCUCCGGAUAUUCAAGUGGGUGCCUGUGGCGGACAGUAAGGAGAAAGAGAAAUCCAAAUCGAGUAGCAGCACAGCCCGAGAACCCAAUGGCUUCCCAGCUGACACCUCUGCCAACUCCUCCCUCCUUCUGGAGUUUCAAGGUGCUGUUUCUGCAGAUGAGAACAGCAAUCAGAGCUCCCUGUCUGACGUGUACCAGCUCAAGGUGGACAGCAGCCCCAACUCCAGCCCCAGUCCCCAGCAGAGUGAGUCCAUGAGUCCUGCCCACACGUCUGACUUCCGCACAGAUGACUCACAGCCUCCUACCCUGGGGCAGGAGACCCUGGAAGAGCCCUCCCUGCCUUCCUCAGAAGUGGCAGAUGAGCCUCCCACUCUUACAAAGGAAGAGCCAGUCCCCCUUGAGACUCAGGUAACUGAAGAGGAGGAGGACUCCGGUGCGCCACCUCUAAAGCGAUUUUGUGCUGACCAGAACUCUGUGUGCCACACGGCCUCGGAGAGCUAACCUGCAUGGCCCGGCUCCUUCGCCAGCCCCUUGCAGAGCCGCCUGGCCUUCCAGGACCAGCGCUUUCCCUCCAGCCUGCCCCUUCCCCAGUGUCGGGGCUCUUACCACUCACAUCAAGCGUGCCCUUCCCUGCCCUGCCCUGCCUGACGGAUGGCGCUGCUGCCAGUACCUGCAAACUUGCCUCUAUUUAUUGGCUCCCUCUCUCCCUGCUCCCUGCCCUAGAGCUGGGGGUCUCUGCUGGGUGGGCUGCAUGGAGGGGAGGGGGGGGGGCGUUUCUCCUGCUCAUCAUGGUCCCCAGGACACUGGCAGAUGCUGUUUGCCUGCUUGUGGCUCCCAUCCCUGCCCUUCCCUUGGGUGCUGGGAACAGGAGAGCCACCUUCUACCUGCUCCAGGUGAUGUGCCCACUCCGUUGUGGGAGCAGAUGGCGGUGGGUGUGGGGGCAGUUAGGGGCUUGCAGGGACCCACUGGGACGCUGUGCAAUAAGCUGCUAGUUUAAGCCAUUCAUGCUGGGAGAGAGGGGGGCGCUUUCCCCUCCCGGAGGGCAAGUACUGACCGGCCUCUGCUCUGCCGCGGGGCACAACUCCAACCGCGGGGGCGGGAACCUGCAGUCCCCCGGGAGCCGGCAGAGCAGGGGGAGCUGCUGCCCUGUGCUGGGUGGGCCUUGCCCCGGCCCAGGUACCUACGGUCCCCGGGAUGGAGAAGGAAGCAGCAGGGUGCUGGAGCCCCCGGGAAGCGCUCCCGUCCUGGGGCUCUUUUGCCCCCCAAUACCCGCUGCGCC